AUGGCAACUCGUGUCUUUGCACUUAUUAUUGGUAUCGACAAGUACAAGUCGGGCCGUAUUUGGAACCAAGAGUCCUGUGCUGACGACGCCAAAAAUAUUAAGCAUUGGCUUACCCGUGAUUUACAUGUUCCUCGAGACCAGAUAUGCCUUCUACUUGAUGCCGAAGCUACGAAGCGCAAAAUAGAAGACCACUUUAUGAGUCACCUUGUUAAUAAUCCUGCAAUCGAGCGCGGUGACGCCAUCCUGGUGUACUUUUCAGGCCACGGCAGCACAGUACGUUCUCCUCCUGGUUGGUUUGAGCAUGGCCGGGGGGAGGUUGAGGUCCUGUGUCCGCAUGAUCACGACACCAAGACCGCGGAAGGUAGAGUGGCGGGCAUUUCUGAUCGCUCGCUGCAUGCGAUGAUGAAGGACUUGUGCCAGGCCAAAGGGAACAACAUCACACUGAUGCUUGACGCCUGCUUCAUUAUGCCUCUGGAUGGACCACGAGAGCGCAAGCACAUUCGCUACACGCCCACCACCAAAGCGACUUCAGAAGACCUCUUUUCGGGGCUUUGGAAAUCCGCUAUGGUUCAUAAGAGCCAGGUGAGCUCCAGCCGUGGCUUUACGGCUACAACCCAUGGUACGCACGUCGUUCUUGCUGCCUGCGGUAGUGGUUGGGUCGCCACAGAAGGGAAGGCUGGCGGCAACUUCACUAUGGCGCUCAUGGCCCUGAAGGAUCGCGUCGCGCUUCACAAAUUGACCUACACCGAGUUGACACAGCAGGUCACUGCGCUGAUGGAUGACCAUCAACAUGCGGUGUCCAUGGGCAGGCACACUGAUCGUAUUCUUUUUGACGGGAUUCCUUUCCUUCCCGACGCCGGAUAUGUGUCGAUCGACGUCUACGAUAAUGAAAAGCUGCGCGUGGAGGCCGGAGCUAUUCAUGGCAUCAUGGAAGGCACGGAGUUCACUAUCCACCAGCACAAUCGUCGCGGUUCCCUCAACCCUGUGUUGGCCACGUAUUCCGUUAUCGAAGUCUAUCCAACGUGGUGUCUCGCUCGGUGCAAGUCGUCUGCUAGGUCUAUGGCACGUGAAGGAUGGGCACGUAUCAAGCGUUGGAAUAACAGCACACCAUUUCGUGUGCACCUUCGCAAAUCACUCUUGUCCAUUCUGCGUCGAUGUUCUCUCAGGCGUGCAAUCGCUUCGGACCCCGAGAAGGCUUCCGAACGUCCUGGCCUCAGCAUGCUGCGUGUUAAAAGCGCCACACAGGCAGACAUAUCCGUCAAAAUGCGUCGACGAGACCUCGUGGUGGAGCGACACGAUCCCCUCAUGGUCUCCAACUGUCGCCGAGUUAUCGAGCUCCCCAGCGAGCGGACCAGCAGCGACCUCAAAAUUAUCGAUGACGCUGCACGUUUCCAUCUUCAUCUUCACCGCAAAAACCCUGCAAGACCACUCCUCGGCCUCGUCAGUAUGGAGCUCUUCCGUCUAGACUCCUCGACGUGGACACGCGUCAGCGGGAACCUCCUCGUCAAUGGCAAGGCAGAGAUCGUCGACGACGAGAAGAAUUCUAUCUAUGCCGUCAUGGUGCAUAAUUAUUCGGACCAUGAUCUUUGGCCAUACCUCGCGUACAUGGAUGCGACUGGUUACGGAAUCAGUAUGGUGUAUCACCCCGACCCAUCCGUAACGGUCCCCCCACUCCGCAAGCAUUCAGCCUUGAUCAUUGGUUCCGGGACCCCAGAUUCGGAGGCGCUGAUUUUCUCGCUCGCUGCAGGUGCCGACACGGGAGCAGGGUUUUUGAAGUUGUUCGUGUCUUCCACAUUCACGCCUAUGAAGUUCAUUGAGCAAGGCAUCCCUACGUCGGCACUCUCCGCGCAGGUUAGAGACAACAAGAAGACUGCUCCUGCCCCGCAAAGCGAUUUCUGGGAUUCUAUGGUUGGUUGUGUUACAGUCGUCCGCAAGUCGGAGAGAGAGACUUGA